UGUAAAUAAGACCAAACAUCAAAAAGCAUUGUUGACUGAUUGUUGAUGCUAUUCAACACACGACAUAUAAACAAAACAUUUUAAAUACUUGAUGUUAUAUUCUAAUUACUACUAGUGCAUAUCAUCAUGUCUAAGAGAAAGAGCAGUCAAUCAAACGUUUGGCACAGUCAAAAAUCGCAGAAUGGUACUUCAAGUUCUUCACAAUCAAAUCAUGUAAAAGAGAAUAACAAGGAUAACUUGGAUGAUUGCAUCAACAAGUGUGUACGAUAUAUUCUAUUCAGGGCAGGCACAAAUCCCAAUAUCACAAGGCAAGAACUCAUCAAAAAUAUUUUACCAAAUUCAUCAAAGCACUUCAAUGAAAUUUUCGAACGUGCUGAAACGAUUCUGAAACAAGUAUAUGGCUAUCAUCUAGAACUGGCCGAGUCAUCCUCAUCUACAAAACUAUUCACAGUCACCAGCAGUAUACCUUACAAUAAAGUACUUGAUGAUAAAGACACCUGUGACAAGUUCCCAAUAUUGGAUAUAUUGAUAUUGUCUCAUAUAUUUAUGAUGGAUGGUGUGUGCAAUGAAAAUUCAUUGGUCGACUUUCUUGGGUCAUUGAAAAUAAGCUACAAUAAAAAGCAUAAGUUGUUUGGGGAUGUUAAUGAAUAUAUCAACAAAAGCAUGAUAAAGAGCAAAUUGUUAACACUUGAAUUGAAUAAUCAUGAACACAAAUUAUAUAGUUGGGGUUCCAGGGCUAGUGUUUCUGUGAAAAAAAUGGACAUUUUAAAGUUUGUUGCCAAAAUGUACAAUAAGGAACCAAAGGAUUGGAAUAAGCAGUAUAUGUUAGCUCAAGAAGAAAAUGAUGAAUAACAUAUUUUAAUUAUUAUAUUAGAAUAUAUUUUAUUAACA